AUGGCCCCCGAGGACGAGGAUCCCGUCGCCUUCAAUGACGAGGACGACGAUCUCGAGGACACCGACGACACCGACAUGGACGAUCGACGAAGAUGCCCGCCGCGCGCACCGGGAUCAGCCCGACCCCGCCCUCCUCAGGCCACGCGAUCUAACUCCUCCCGCCUCCAAUCCAGAUUUCAGCCUGACCAACUUGAUCCAAUAUGCCUAAUUAACCCUAACUUGCUCGUCGGAGCGACAAGCUCGGCGAUCGCCUGCGCCCAGAACGCGCUGUUGCAGGUCACCCGAGACCGUAGCUCCAUCCACCGCCGGCCGGCGCUACCGGCGACCUGCAGUCUCGCCGAUGUGAAGGCGGCCGAGUUCGAGGAGCGAAGACCGCAGCCCUCGACCUCUCUCGACGAGUCUCGCCGCUUGUUCCAGCGUCUUUGGACCGACGACGACGAGAUCAAGAUCCUGACGCGGUUCUUGGAGUUCACGUCGUCCCGAGGGACGACGUUCGCCUCUCAUCAGUACGACACGGGGCCGUUCUACGAGCAGAUCAAGAACGAGCUGCAGCUCGAUUUCAACAAGAACCAGUUGAUCGAGAAGCUCCGGAGGUUGAAGAAGAAGUACCGGAACACGGCGACUCGGAUGGCGAACCAUGGGCCUGAUUUCACCUUCAGGAGUCCUCAUGAGAAGGCCACUUACGAUAUCGCCAAGAGAAUAUGGAGCGCGGGCAUCAAGAGAUCUCGGGAGAGUGAUGACGAGGAUCUGAAUCCUUAUGCGAACAACACCAGCGAUGCUGGGGCGAAUUUUCUGACCGGAAGGCCGGGCGACGCUCGAGGAACGCCGGCUCCGGCGUCAUCGGAAGGCAUGGUCAAGGUCGAGGUUCAGACUGUUCCCAUCACUGCUCCAGCAACGGCAACACCUAUUCAAACACCCAUUCAGAAACCCUCAAAUUCUACUGCAGCAGCGUCUCCUUCGGUUCCUACUGUUAUCGAGGAGACAGUAAAGAGCUGUCUUUCGCCGAUUUUUAAAGAAUUGUUGAACUCGGCGGUCUCCGCCCCCCCUGGUUUGGGGAUAAAUUUUCCGCCUUUAUUGAAUUUUGGGGGGAGCAUGGGGAAUUUGUCAGAUGAAAAGUGGAAGAAACAGCAGAUUCUUGAGCUGGAGGUGUAUUUGAAGAGGGUGGAGCUUAUCCGGGAACAGAUUGAAUCGACAUUGGAGGAGCUCAGGGCAUCUCCGAGCUGAUUUUAAGGUUUAUUUGAAAAUUUCUUUCUGUAAUUUUAGCCUUUUGAUAUAUCUAAUUCUCUCUCUGUUUUCAUUUUUAUAUAAUUGUUAGUUUGAGUAACUUGGUAUUCCUCUGUUUUAGAGAAAGUCACAGAGAAUCUUUAAAAUAACUCUUUUGUGUCUUUGUUUCUAUUAAAACCCAUUUGGGCUUUAGGUUAUCUAGCCUUUUGUAGUGAUAGUGGAUCCGGAAGUUGCAUUUCUUGUUAUUUUUC